AUGUUUGAGAGAAUUGCAAGAGAAAGUUUGUAUAGAUUGGCGAGAGGUGUUGUCGAAACAUUCAGUGACGUUUAUUUGCACAAACCUUCGUUGAAUGAUAUACAACAACUAUAUGCAGUGCAUGAAGAAAGACACGGUUUUCCAGCUUUGAAAGACGACAUGAACGUUCUUGAUCAAUCACCAAUAUUCGACGAUAUUUUGUCAGGAGAGACACCGAAUGCUCAUUUCACAGUAAAUGUAAAUGAACAUAAUGGGUUCCGAUAUUUGGUUGACGGGUUCAAUGGAGGAGACGACGUCGAAGCUUCAAUUUAUGUAAAUUUUUUGCUGAAAAGUUCUUCUAGUCAUUCUCCAUCGUCCCUUUCUGUGGACUCCUUCCAUACCUCAAGUUCUUCGACCUCACAUACCACAAAUAGAUUAAGUAAAGAAUUUGGUAUCCGAUUUGUGUUCUCUUUCAAGGACCCAUAUGAACGACUGGUUUAUGAUUUACGAUUUCUGGAACUACUAGGGAGACUGACAUUGCAGACAUUCAACCAGUGGCCAUGUGAUCCUAUUCCGCUAGAGAAUACGAAGGCUACCUCGAAUAUCAAAGUAUAGAUCCAAGUGAUAAUGUGAUCCUGUGCCAGAAGAACUGAGCAAAUGACGAGUGAGUAUUUUUUCGGAAUGUGUUGUGAAUUGAUUCUACAACUCCUAAUAUGUUCCAAGAAGACUUGGUUUACAAAAAUCAUUUUCGUUAUCAUAAUGAAAGGUUAUGAUGGUCUUAUUAAGGUGUAUUUCAAUCUAUUGAAAUUGGUAUAUGUGUCUCAUAUUUAUAUAGUCAUGAUGUUUAUGACAUAGAUAAAUUUGCAUCAAAUAUAAUUUGAUUAUUAAGGUGUUAUGAUCAGAACUAUCAAUUUAAUAAAAGCUUAUAGAUUUACUUCAUAAAUGACAUUUAUGAGAAAAUAUUCUUAACAUAGAAUACAUCAUUUCAGAACAUGAAUAUGAGCUUUCACUAAAUGAUAAGUAAAUCCAGAUUUAUUCAUAAAUUUACAUCUGUUACAUGUUCCUAUAAGAAUAGGUACAAAACAUCUUUUGUUCAAAUACAGACUAUAACAACACUUGUUAUAUCGUCAACACGAAAUACUACUCGUUUGUAAUCAGUUGAAUAUUUCUUCCACUCAUCAGCACAUAAUAUCAAUUAUUAGUGUCACUUGAAGUGUAAAAUUGUAAAAUACUCAAGUGAAUGAUGGAAAAAUGAAUACUUAUAUCAUAUAGAUAUCUUAAUUCUUGGACAAGUAAUACUUUCCCAGCUUGAGGAGAUAAUAAGAGCAAUUCCUCUUUUAUUGUACAGUUUCUUCCACAAUAGAAACAAUACUAAUUAUUUUGAUAAUUUCUUGAUUUAUGGGUUU